CUCUCUGAGAGCCUCUCUCUUGCAGCUCCAGGUGUGAGCCAUCUGAUAUUCUGAGGGACCACGGAGGUGGUGGCCUUUGUAAUAGACUGAUGGUGUCAUGAAGGAGCAUAGAUCACUAUUCUGAAACGAAAUGCGGAGUCCCGGUACCAGCAGGCUCUGGUUUCUACUAUGUAGUACUGGCUGGAAUUUUGUCAGCUUCUAUCACUGUUGGUGUCACGUGUCCCUGAUCACCUGGUGGAGGUAGUGUUUUCUAUAAAGCUUCUAAAGAAAAGAAUUACUAUACUUAUGGCUGGCAUUUUGCGCUCAGUAUUUCAGAGGCCUCCAGGCAGACUCCAGACUGUGAAAAAAGAUGUGGAAUCUCUCAUUGGUACAGAUUGGAUUCGUCACAAAUUUACCAGAUCAAGGAUUCCAGAUAAAGUGUUUCAGCCUAAACCUGAAGAUCAUGAAAAAUACGGUGGGGACCCCCAGCACCCUCAUAAACUGCACGUUGUUACAAGAAUAAAAAGUACAAAAAGGCGUCCAUACUGGGAAAAAGAUACGAUCAAGAUGCUUGGACUUCAGAAGGCACAUACCCCUCAAAUUCACAAGAACAUCCCCUCGGUGAAUGCAAAGUUGAAAGUGGUUAAACACUUGAUACGCAUCCAGCCCCUGAAGCUGCCACAAGGACUUCCCACAGAAGAGACCAUGUCUAGCACAUGCCUCAAGAGCACUGGGGAGCUGGUGGUACAGUGGCAUCUGAAGCCUGUGGAGCAGGAAGCAAAGUCCUGAUGCCACACAGCUGAAAUUACAGAUCACAGUUACUGAGGAAAUGGUUCUCAUUAAAGUGUAUUUCAAUCCAGUCAUUUCCACUGA